AUGGUGACAACUGACUUCAGUGAUCCUCCCGGGGUACCAAUUUCGCCAUCUCCAAAACCCGAUGGCAAACCAACUCUUCCGUCUGCCCCGAGAGCAGUACAACUGUUUGAUGACAAGGAGCGAUUGAUUUACGAAGAUCAUGUGGCGUUCUGUGAGGAUCUGGGCUGUCCAGUGGACCGGCCAGUCAAGGUGGUGGCUAUCGUGGGUAACACAGGCGAUGGCAAAUCCUACACACUCAAUCACGCCUUCUGUGGUGGAUCAGAGGUGUUUGAAACUUCACCGUCACAGAAUACAUGCACGCUGGGGGUUUGGGCAGCCUACUUACCGGGGAAAGAUUGCUUGCUAUUAGAUACCGAAGGUCUAUUAGGCACGAACGCGAAUCAUAAUAUGCAUCGUCGUUUGCUGCUCAAGGUGUUUGCGAUCGCGGAUGUUGUGAUUUAUCUCACUAAGGCCGCCCGACUGUACAGCGACAUGUUCUCGAUUUUGGCGGAUGCCAGUGAUGCCUUUGCCCAGCAUUUCCGUCCAGAUUUGGAAGCACUGGCUCAUCGAACUGGGUUACCCUGGUCCGUUGGCCAGCUUGGACCUGCUGUGGUUGUAUUCCAAGAAACUUUACAUACACAUCCAUUGGAUGGAUUCCAAGCAGGCCUUUCCGAGAGUGUUGGUCAGUCCAAUGCUGACUCUGCUGCCUUUCCUAUCUUCACCCAAGCAACAAUGACCACAAACCAAUCGCAAGAGUCACAACGAUUACACUCUGGUAAGCUUUAG